AUGCCUACUAGGAAAGAAGUCGAAUUCAAGACCCGCGAUGGUCUUACAUUGAGAGGCCUACUCACAUUGCUGGAUGCGCCUAACGCGCCUCUUGUGAUUUUCGUGUCCCCAUUUGGUGUUACAAGAGGUCAUCUGAUGGAUCAUCAAACAAGUCUCUUCAACGAAAAUGGGUUUGCAACGUUAACCUACGACGCAAGAACGUUUGGCAAAAGUGAUGGACUACCAAGACACAAUAUAAAUUUCGAUAAUCAAUCUGAGGAUAUUUUUGACGCCGUCACAUACGGUACAUCUUUAACACCGCAUGUAGACUCAGAACGUAUUGCCAUUGUUGGCGGUGGGCAUGGAGGAGGCGCAUCUAUCCGAGCGACCGCCCUCGACCCGCGAGUCAAGGCCCUUGUUUUGCAAGUCCCAGGAAUCUCGGGCGCAAUGGACGCCCAAUUUUACCCUCCAGGUAUACUGGACCGAUCAAGAGCAGACUUAACGCGACCGAAGCAUUCGGAUGAGCAAGAGUAUAUACAACUUUUCCCGGAAACAAUGGAAGAAGCCACAGCGGCCACUCAAAAAGCGCUGCUUGGAGGGCCAGCGCUUUUCAACUUUCACUCCUACAUAAGGGGGAACUGUGAUGCGAAGGAGUUCAAUUGGCAAAACAGAAUCACACUCGAAAGUGCCUUCUAUAAUUUUGCCAACGAAUUCCAGGCAUAUCUGCCCAGAGUUUCCCCCAGGCCGCUCUUGUACGUGGCGCCCAGUGGAGAGCUCCCUACUGAGCCUCAUGAAAAAGCGUAUGCGAAAGCAAACGAACCUAAACAGUUCUCCAAGAUCGAACCGUUUGACUUUGGGGGAUAUAUGAACGGCACAGCCAAGGUAUCACAGAAGGAUGUCGAAGUCAAAUUUUUACAGAAGCAUCUUUUGUAA